AAUCAGCUGUGUCCAAUCACAGCUGAUCACAUGGCACUGAUGAUCAGUGUGCCCUGAUGAUCAGUGUAGCCCCAGCAGUGCCACCUGUCAGUGUCCAUCAGUGCCUUGUAUCAGUGCCUCGUGCCAGUGCCCAUCAGUGCCACUUAUCAAUGCCACAUAUCAGUGCCUACCAGUGCACAUCAAGCCACAUAUCAAUGCCCAUUUGAGCUGCCUUUCAGUGUCACUUAUCAGUGUCUGUCAGUGCCACCUAUCAAUGCCAAUCAGUGCCACCUAUCAG